AUGCCCUCCGCCGAGUCCCUUGAUCAGGACAUCCCCGGCGCUUUUCCUGCGUCUGCAGGCUCCGACACCGUUGCGCCUGGAUACUCGUCCCAGCAAACUCUCUCACAAGCCGUCCAUGCUCGGAGAGCAGAGUUUACCAGGCAGAAGGAGAUCCGCAUCAAAAUCGGUAGCUGGAAUGUGGCAGCAUUCAAAGGCACGGAAAAGGACAUCGGAGGAUGGUUCGUGGAGGGCAAGGGCAUUGCGGAGGCCUUGAGUGGGUUAUCCGUGUUGGACCCCAAGGAGUCGCAUGGCGAGGAUAAUCCAUCCCACAGCUCACCUGCCGAGCGGGAAAGUGUUAUAGAGCAAGAGAAGAGGGUCACGAAGAAGGAGCCUACAAUACCGAAAAACGACCUUGGAUCUGUACCUGGAGGGGACGAGAUUGGGCUGUACGUACUCGGCCUGCAAGAGGUGGUGGACAUAACCUCCGCAGCUGAAGCACUGCGACCGUAUACGGACCCUGCGGUUGCAAACAGGUACAAGGCUGCGCUGGAGGAGGCCUUGCCUUCGGGGUAUCGGUUGAUAGCAGAGCAACAGCUCAUAGGACUCUUGCUGUUGAUAUACGCCUCACCAGACGUUGCACCGGACAUUCAGUCAGUCAGCACAACGAGCGUUGGCACUGGCUUGAUGGGCUAUAUGGGCAACAAAGGCGCUGUCACCGCACGUAUUGUCUUAGGAGAGACCACGCGGCUAGUGUUUAUCAAUUCACACUUGUCCGCUGGUGCCGACAAGGCUUCAUUGGAGAGGCGCAACUGGGACGCUGAUCAGAUCAUCAGCCGGACAAGAUUCGCUCCCAUCAUUGACUCCUGGGGCGUCUCGCAGCCUAGCUCUGAGAAGAUAGGGGAUGAAGACUUUGCGUUCUGGUUUGGGGAUCUCAAUUAUCGACUGGAAGGCAUGCCUGGCGACGACGUGCGGAGAUUGUUGAUGCUACAUACGCGCAACGAGUACGAUCCAUCUAGGCCGGCGGCGAAGAAGAUCGAGGAGGAGAUUGCCCAGCCUACGACGCUAUCCAGGACAAACACAACAUCUGACUUGUCCGCCCACUCGCCAACCGCGUCCUCCGCCUCUUCGGCCGCCAGCGAGACGAACUCCGAUCGCGCAUCAAGACCGUCUACGAGAGACACAUCCAUUGAUGACAGGCCCUUACCUGCAAAAUACGACCCUGCACAUCUUCAGACCACGCUCUCCUCCCUGUUACCGCAUGACGAGCUACACCAACAGCAAAAGGCACGGAAAGCCUUCCAUGACGGGUGGCGGGAAGGACCCAUUGAAUUCCUGCCAACCUACAAGUAUGACCGAGGUAGUGUGGGUGUCUUCGACUCGAGUGAGAAGCGAAGAACGCCAUCCUGGUGUGACCGUAUAUUGUACCGUACGCGAAGAGACAAGCUAGCCUACGAGAACCGAUUGAGAGAAGAGGAAACCGCACGAAAGCGAGACGAUGAGAUGAAAGCCAAAGGCAUGGACGAAGCUUCUGAAGCUGAAGACGUGCUCUUUGAUUACAACCCCGAAACCGACGGCGACGAGUACGACGAGUACGCAGACGCAGAGUCCGAGGUCGUCAUCACGAAAGACGGCUUUGAAGACUCGAUCCACCUCGAAUACUACACCGCCCACCAACGCGUCCUCUCCUCCGACCACAAACCCCUCGACGCCGUCUUCCGCCUCAAAUACGACGCCGUGGUCCCCGAGCUUAAAGCCCGCAUUCACCAAGAAGUCGCCCGCGAGCUGGACCGCGCAGAAAACGAAGGUCGACCGGUCAUCACUCUCAUCGUCGACGACCCCAAAGGCAGCGACAGCGGCGAGGUCAUCGACGACGAUGAUGUGCACUUCGAAGGCGUAAACUUCCGCACCAUCCGCUACGCGCAGCCGAAGCGGCGCAGCGUUACGAUCGCGAACACCGGCCGCGUGCCCGCAACCAUCGGCUUCGUGGACCGGCCCGUCGGCGCUGGACAAUCCGCCGGCCCCGCCCCCUCGUACCUCAAGGUCGAGUUCGACCGCGAACCGGACCCCAAGUCUAAAGAUCACGACUUCGCCGCCCAAGAUGCCUACACCCUCGAGCCCGGCGAAGCAGUCAACGUGACGUUAACGCUGCAGGUCAAAGACGUGCAACUGAUACGUGACCUCAACUCCGGCGCCAAGACCCUCGACGACAUCCUCGUGCUGCGCGUCAAGGACGGGCGCGACCACUUCCUCCCCAUCCACGGCAAAUGGCUCGAGACGUCCUUCGGCCGCUCCAUCGAUAAGCUGAUCCGCAUCCCCGAGGGCGGCAUCCGUAGACUGCAGCACCAGAAGCCGAAGGCCAGCAAUUGUGUGGAUGAUGCCAGUCCGGUAAAGUGGUCCGCGCCUCGCGAGUUAUUUCGGCUGACGGAGUGCGUAGAAGAGCUAGUUGAGAGGGUGGUUGCGGAGUGGGAUAUGGUUAACAGCCAAGAGGGGGAGAAGCCGCCUUGGGAGAGGGUCGCAGGGUGGCCGUUUGCGGAGGAGAGCUGGUCACUGAUGGACAAGGUUGGGAGGGAGAAGACGAAGCUCGAGGUCUACGAAGCGCUCGACUGCGACAAGUCGUUUGACGGCGCCUUCGAAGCGGAGACUCCCGCGCUGCAGAAGCUGGAAGUCUUAGCGGAGGUGCUGCUGGAGUUCUUGCGCAGCAUGGAAGACGGCAUCAUCACCGCAGACCUCUGGGCACAGCUCGAACGUGAUAUCGUAGGCCGCGAGAAAGCGAAGAAGCAUCUCUCCCUCGAAUAUGAGCGCACCUGGGUCCUAGAAGUCAUGGCCGCGGCGCCAAACCAUAACGUCUCGCUCGUCCUGAUCACAUCAAUGCUCAGCCGCAUAUCGAACGAGAUAGCGCAUGCUGCCAAAGUGCCUACGGAGCCUAAGAAGGAUGCGGAGCUGCCGGCGUCACCAAGAGCGAACGUGAGAAGGCGCGCGCUGAGCAACGUACCUGCUGUCGCGAGACGGCAGUUGGUAGAUCUGAGUCUGGCGAGUAUCUUUGCUGAGGUUGUGAUACGGUCACACGAUGACUCGAAGAUGAAAGAGAAGGAGAGGCGAGUUAGCGAGGAGAGGAGGAUCAGAGUUAUCGAGAUAUUCUUAAAGGAGGACAGCAGUACUACUUGA